AUGAGGAUCAUGGCGACGCGACUUGUUCCUGGUGUUCAUGUUUACGUCACUCUUUUGAUCUGUUUACGAGGCCCCGCAGGUAAUAAGGACGGUGACGUGGUCGAGUUCACGACCUGCUCGGUCUCAUAUAACAGUUCGCGAACCGAUUUGUCUGUUCAUGAGGAAGAUAAGGUUUCCUUUUCUGUUCGGAUGAAGCUCCCCUUCUUCCACUUGUGUAUCUUCUACAGCAAAGAGAGAACAAAACGCGAGGGAAUGUGAGGGAACGGCGUCUAUAACAACAAAGUGUUAUUGGUCAUCACGCGCGUCUUCGCUUCACGCGUCUUUCUCUGUAGCUUCGACGAAUUUCCAUGUUCGAUUAAUUAAUAGUUUCUGAAAACUCUUUUGCGUGUUUUGAGAAUAUCUUUACCUUCAUCUUGCGGCCAUUCCUUUUGUGUCUCGGCAUUUGCGCCGAAUUUUUUUUUAUUCAAUUUGAAUGUCCAUUGCCUCGAAGCUUUUUGGAAAUGUCCAUUUCUUUUAUCAGACCCCAAAAAAGUUUUGUUUUUCGCUUUCUUUUCUAUUCCCUUGGCUUUUAACACCUGUUGUAGUAUAAGCCCUAAGGCAAACAAUUUGAAUUUCCCAGCAAGGGAGUGCAUAUUUAUUCGAUAACGACUUCUAAACUCUUGAGUAAAUGUUUUGGACUUCUUGCAGACGAGAAUGGCGUCUGUUUAUUUAAGCCGUGCCACGUAUCUUGUAUAACACAUACUGUGACCUCAUGUUUUCCAUUUAUGAGACGCUUGUUUUUUACUUUAACCUUUACCAGAGCGAGUACCCGCCAUCUUACUCCGCCUUCUAAAUUGCGUAAAUUUAGCCAAUUUUGUGAGCAAAACGCUGCCCUCAGGCAUUACCGGUUCUGCUCUUGUUUCGCUCGAUAUCUCAACGCAGCCGUCGACCAAAACAACCUCAGUGUCUGGGAUUGCAUGUGAAUCUCCACCAAAUAUGGCCCAGUAUGCGGCCACCAGCUCAUUGGGUACCUCGUCUCCUCAGCUCUCGAUCCAUUCCCAGGCGAUAAACGAGGAGAUGAAGGACAUUAUCAACCUCCAGAUCUUCGUCCCGGAGCUCCAGAUGCAGGUGGGUUGAGGAGAGAAGUGACUAAUCCUUGUUUGCAGAAAUGUUUGACGGUCUCACUGGAUGAGUUGGUUUGGGACAUCAAGCGCAAACUUUUUGCGUCAUUGCCUCAGGUAAGGAUGGAAUAUUUUGACAAUAGGGUGACUUAUUCAAUAGAUCGAACGCUUUUCACACGCAAAAAAUUUUCCCAUUGUAUAACAAAUGACCCGAGCUCCUACACUGUUCUUCUUUUCAGCAGUUACCACAAUCUUUCAACUUUGGCCUUUUCCUACCGCCUUGCGAUGGCCGAGCGGGAAAGUUUCUGUUGGAAGAUCGCCCGCUCAGAGACUAUCCCUUCCAUGACUGUGUCCCUUACGUCGAGGUUUGUAACCCGUCUUUUCUCCUAUCAUUCAUGCUGUCGUAAAAAAUAUACGAGAAGCUUAUUUUUAGCUCAAGUACAAGAAACGUGUCUACAAAAUGCUGAAACUGGAUGAGAAGGCUCUCAAACAAGUCCAUUCCAAGGUAAGUCCAUAGUUUACAAUUAAUGAGGUUGUUAAUGAAGCCAUUACAAUAAUAUCCUUGCCUUUGCAGGGCAAUCUCAAAAAGUUUAUGGAGUAUGUCCUAAGUAGGAACUCCGAGAAGGUGGAGAAAUUAUGUGCCAAUGGACUAGAUCCAAACUUCCACGACAGUCAAGGUGAGACUCCAUUAACAUUAGCAGCGGGAGUAGCGAGAAAUGAGAAGGUUCUGAUGGCUCUGAUCGGUGGAGGAGCUCACAUUGACUUCAGAAAUAGCGAGGGUCAAGUAAGUUUCCAAGGAUUAUAUUCAGAGGCUCUGUUUCCAGACAGGGAUGCACAAGGCUGCCUUCCUCUCCAUCGUGGAUAAUGUGAGGACUCUUCUGGAGUUGGGGGCUUCUCCCAAUUAUCGAGAUCCCAUCGGAUUAACCCCAUUGUAUUAUUCAAUGCUAACCACUGAUUCUCAAGAUUCUGUUGCUCAGAUGUUGUUGGCCGAGGCUGCUGAGAUUGGAGUCACUGAUAUGCAUGGAAACCACGAGCUACAUCAGGCCUGUAAAAAUGGAUUGGUCAAGCACGUAGAGCAUUUGCUGUAUUAUGGAGCGAUGCUUAAUGCUCAGAAUGUAAACGGAAAUACUCCUUUGCAUGUCUGUGCUGUCAACAAUCGGUAUGUGCCAUAGAAUACAUCAUGCUUCAUAUCGCGAUAUGCGUAAUGACUGGUAAUUACAUACAUUGUAGGCCUGAUUGUGCCCGCGUUCUUCUGUUCCGUGGAGCCGAUCCGCUGAUCAUGAACAAACAAGGCCAAACAGCUCUCCAUGUUGCCAAUAUUGUGGGCAAUCAUGGUGUGGCCGAAGUCAUCCAAAUCCACAACCCUCAUAACUCCGGUAAGCCUUUUUAGAGGAAAGUGACUUUCUAUUGUGGAAGAUCCGCCCUUGAUUUAAGAGCUUUCUCCUUGACUGGACUUUGUUUCGGUCCGUUUUAUUAAGAGAAUAACAUCAGUCGCAGUAAUGUCUCUUCAUUAUGGGAGACGUCUUCGCCGUCAACCUCUUCUGAAUCAGGUCUUCAGUCAGGAGAAAGAGUCCUUUGUCCAUUUCCUCAAUCCCUAUGAGGACCAUGCUAACUCCACUGAAAUUACAGUACCCUACCGAGGCACCCCCAAAUAUAGUACGCGACGUCGAUUGGGAAGUCAGAUUGUACGAAGGCGAUCUUUGAGUCAGUCAUCAAUAUGUUCGGGGAGAUCCGAGCAGUUCUAUCAAACCCCACAGCAAGUCAGGCAUGCCGCGCCGAGUAUGCCUAGUCCUAGUCCAAGCCGAAUGUCUGCCUCACAAGCAUCGGAUUACGGUACUUUGAGGAGAUAUCCGGCUGAUGCCGUGCAAAACCCCGUUCCGGGAUUUGAGUAAGUAUACACAAUCUGUGAUUGGUAAAUUCUCGGUUCGUACUUACGAUUAUAUUUCAGAACAAACGUACCGAGAAUCCUUGUGAUUCCACGAGGUCCUAAGGGCUUUGGAUUCAUUCUACGAGGAUCCAAACAUGUGGAUUCCGAAAUAGAUUUCCGUCCAACCUUGGAGACCCCAGCUCUUCAAUUCUUUGAAGGCGUCGAUAUGUCCGGAAUGGCUAUGAAAGCUGGCCUUCGACCCGGAGAUUUCCUUCUCGAGAUCAACGGUGUGGAUGUCAGAAGUGCUUCUCAUGAACAAGUAGUCCAAUUAAUCCAUCAAAGUUUGGACACGAUCACAUUGAAGGUGAUUACCGUAAACCCAGCGAUCGGUCAGCCUACUUAUUCUUCUUCUGGUACCAUGCCCAUCAGAAGGAACAAUUCUGUCCCCAGAAAUCAUGGUCUUCCACCCAUGCCACCGCAACGGCAUCCGUCAACAUCUCUUACGUAUGCUCCUUCACACACAAUGGGAUAUUCGAGUAAGUGGAGUUCUUCUUUUAUCUUACGUAAGCGUGUGUUAUAAUCAGGAUAACAGGUACCAGACCCAUUAACAUGUCUUUAUUUCUCUAAUCCUUUUGUAGUGGACCAACAUCCUGUCUCGAUCUAUGAUAGCUCGAGGAAUGGGACUAUCAGAUUGAGCAAGGAGUCCGCCGAUUCCAUUAUUUCUGACCAAAUUCGUUGUGCUUCAGUGAAAAGUCGACCCUCAGCUUCGCGGCGUAUCUCGGCAGCCGAAUUGGAGCAUUUAAUGAUCCGCCAAUGCUCGAGCAGCUCCCAAUUCCAGCCAAUUCCGUAUGAACAAGUAAGUUCGCAAGAUAUACAGCAAAUGUACAGAGUAGGCUGUCAUGUGGAAACAAUUCGCAUAAUUACCCAUUUCCAGGAUUUGUAUGGUCAAACGACUCCGAAGAAAUUUACUUCAGUAGCAGAUAUGAAGCGAAGCAAACAGCGAGGACUACCCUCGCCCAGUCUCAACAACGGACUUCCAAGAACAAAUUCGAUGACCGAAGAUGACAACAUCCACAUCCCCUCAGGGCUCAAGAGUUUUAAUUCUUCCCCCGACCUCAAAAAGAAUCUAUAUGAGCCACAAAACGGAUACAAUCUGAUCAGAAACCAGAACACCGCGUUCUCUGAUUACCAGUCCAUGAAUGGUCAGAAUCUGGGAAUGUUAAGGCCGAAGACACCUCCCCCUCCCCCACCACCUAUCGAUCGUAAGAGUGAGAAUGGUGGAGAACAAUCUUCUUAUAUGGACACUUCAGUACAACAUCAAACUGCUCAGAGCCAGUCAUUCCAAAACAAUCAUAUCGAGCAAUCCAAGCCCAGCACAAGUGCGAAAGCAGCUCCUCCACCCCCGCCCCCUCCUCCGCCACCUGACUUUCUGAAGACUGGAAUCCCAAAAUCUUCGUCAUCAGUAACAGCCUCACCAAAACCAACUGGUGGAAUGGCAGGGAUAGUUGCGGCAAUGCAAAAUGUGAAAUUAAAGCCCGUUAAUAACAACACCAUCGAAGCCCAUCAGAAUGAAGAGGGUGAUAACAAGGCCAAAUCCACUUCGGAUUUUCAAUCAGACCUUAGAAGUGCACUAGCCAAAAGGAGAUCAAAGGUUUCGGAUGAUGACAAUUUCGAAGAACAUAAUGUAAAACAAAGCAAUCAGCUGGGGAAUAAUGGAUUGUAAGCCCUCUUAUAUGUAGUAGCUACUAAUAUUAUUAGUUUUAUCAUAACUUAUAAUUAAUAAUAAUCGGUUCUUUUAGGAAUUAUGGAAGUCUGAGUCUCCGAGAAUCGGUCAGAGAGAAUGUGCAAGUCCAAUCAAAAAACUUGGAGAAGCAGCACUCACCGCCGGGGUUUGUAAAUAAAAAGGACAGCGGGUAAGCCGAGUCGACACCUUCUUAUAUUCACUUGCAGAUACACAUCAUCAAGAACGUCGCUGGAACCUAGUGAGUGCGGUGAUGAUCAGACCCUGGUGAACAGUAGAGUCAGCACAACUACCAUCAGAAUCUCUGAGAAUGGAGGGCCCGAGUUACUAACACACAAUUCGAGAGUCACUUUAAUCAGCCAACAUCUUGAGGAUAGGAUUAGUAAAGAGAACAAUCCGAUGACCCAGGAUACUGUAAGUACAAUACCAACUUUCUGAUUCGCUUAUUCCGUGCAUGACCUAAGACUUUCCCCUUCAGAUUUCGAUCGCUUCCUCCAUAUCCAAUUUUUCCAACUCAUCUUCAUCAGUUCAGGCUAACAAGUUGAGGGAUUCGGCCUAUACUCUUUCCCCAAAUCACAUCCCCCCUGCUGAUUAUGAUGAUUGUUCCGACCAAGACUCCUGUUCCGCCCCUUCGUCUUCAUCCAACGAUUGUAAGAGAAACUUUCCUCGUAGCAGUGUGCAAUAAUUUUAUACUAUAAAUAAUUAAUUAUAUCAUUUCUUAGCCGGCCAUCCAAUAACGGAAUCGUUAAAUCCAGUUUUCGCCCAAAAAGAUUUAUCGAUUUGGACUUGCACAGAUGUGGUGGACUGGCUCCAUUCUCUCGGUCUGAAAGAGUACAUGGUGCCCUUCUCCAAACAGAGAAUCUCCGGUCAAGAUUUGAUACGAUUCGAUCGCUCCAAAUUCACUCAGCUUGGGGUUACCCGCAUAUCACAUCGCCAGACCAUGGAACAAUCUUUACGUUUACAUUCCAAACAAGACAUUUGA